UAAGCAGCUAAAGUUUGUAUAAUUUAUUUGAUAUUUGUUGUAAACAUUCCCUUUUUUUUUUAUCAAAAUUUUCAAAACUUUAUUCAAAAGAAUGACGAGCGUAAAAGACCCUGAAUUUAUAAAGUCAUUAAGAGGGCUUGUGAAAGAUCCAUAUAAAUUUCAACGUUAUUGUCAUCAAAAAUAUUUACUCAUUAACGAUUUAGAAAUGAAACGAAGAGGAAAUAUGUUAUAUAGACAAGAAAAAGCGAAAAGAAACGAAACAUUAAAUCGAUAUUAUAAUAUUUUACCUUUUGACAAAAAUCGAGUCGUCUUGUCCGAUCCUCGAUUAGGGCCAGCAGGGAAUAGUAGCUGUAAUGACGCUGAUGAUGAGGAUGAGGAUGAGGAGGAUGGAUAUAUUAAUGCAAGCUGGAUAUUAGCACCUUAUGAGAUUCCCCGAAUCUAUAUAGCUACUCAGGGACCUACUAUGGCCACGUUGAUUGAUUUUUGGCGUAUGGUAGUUGAGCAACGCGUGCCAGUUAUCGUUUGUUUGACUCCGAUCUCAGAGGAUGGAUUUGAAAAAUGUGCACGUUAUUGGCCCUUGGGGGAUGAGAUAAUGCAUAUUAGGCACAACGAUAAUAAAGAAAUCAACGUGAAAAUUUCUAAUAUUAAAAAGGAAAAAAAGGAUUCGGAAGCGGAUUCGAUUGUAAGGACAAUUUUGAUUCAGUUCUAUCGUAACGAAGAGUUAAUUGAACAAGCAAGGGUAACUCAGUUGCAAUUCUUAGGUUGGCCUGAUCACGGAGUACCUAAAGAGACAUCGAAAGUGAUAAAUUUGAUACGCUUGACGAGACAAUUACAAGAAGUGGAUAAACCUGUUUUAGUUCAUUGUAGUGCAGGAUGUGGUAGAACAGGUACAUUUUGUGUCAUUGAUUCAGCAGAGAUACUUUUAAAGAUGCAUGAUAAUUUAGCAAUAGAUCCUAUAUUUCUAUUAAUAGACGAAUUUCGUAAACAACGUACUACCAUGGUUCAAUCUUUAUCUCAAUAUAGCUUUUGUUAUAAAGCCCUUUUAGAUUUUAUUGAUCAAGAAGAAUAAAUUAUAUUUCUAUCAUGUUCUUUUGUGUAUCCCUUUAUCUAUUUUCUCCCUUUUAAAACUAUUCUAUAAUUAAAGUAGUAAAAACAAGGGAGAAGGUAGUAGUAGGAGUUAUAUAUAAGUUAAAGUUUACAAUAUAUAAAAUGACAAAGAA